AUGAGCUCCAACGUUGUUGGUGCCUUCGCGGUUCCCACCCGGACUGACAAAACCUUCCUGGUGUGGGAGCUGAGCUCUGGACCUAGGACCGAGGCCUUGCAGGUUCGUCUGGGCACCAGACAUAAGAUGGUUCAACCUAAUGCCCUUGCCCUGAGCAGCUCCAGAUGCCAAGAAUUGGCCAAUUACUACUUUGGAUUCAAUGGAUGGUCAAAAAGGAUCAUAAAGCUUCAGGAUCUUUCUGACCUUGAAGAAAGGGAAAAUGAAGAUAUUGUGGCCCCAGUUCAGAAGCAAAGCCUGAAGUUCUUAUGAACUUUAGAGGUGGUGUUGCCACCCCAUGAGGGCAGGGAUCCUGGAGCUGGCAUGGCCGAGGAACCCUUGCACAAGCUGGAGGAAGGGCCAUUAUCAUUCGGAAGAUAACCCAGAAGCUUGCUACUCAAAAGUCUAUGAGGGAUGCAUUCCAGAAACUGCUGAUUGUGGUUUUAGAAAGUGGUAAAAUGGCUGUGGUGUACAGACCCUGUGAAGAGGUCACAGGUGCUAGGACUGAAGAGGAAGUACAGGAUUUAAUUCAAGUCAGCUACUUUUCUUUGAAGCAGUGUGGCCAAGGGGAGGAAGAAUGUCUUUCAUUUCAG